UCAGUUCGAUUCGAUUUGCGGUGUGUAUGUAACCUUCCAAGAAAGGUUGGUGUGUGUAGCGCGAGUAUCACUAAAUUAAUUUCGAUCUAAAAAAGUGUCUAUUUUAACAAGGUGCUCAAUAAUUUGUUUGCGUGUAACUUUAGUGCGUCAAGAUGUUGAGGACAAUUGCAGCACGCAACGAACUCGUAAUACUGCGUGGAACAGCGCUAGCACGAGCAAGACCAGCACGUGAAGCCGUACGUGUUAUGGGCGCACAAACGGCAAGGAAGCUACAGACACUCAGACUUGCGCCCAAGAACCAUGUGGCCACCGUUCCGAAGCCAUUAGGUAUGUGGAGUACGAAUUUUGCACGAAACUACGCCGACCUGCCGUCGCACAUCAAAGUGCCACUACCGGCUCUAUCGCCCACUAUGGAACAGGGUACCAUUAUUAGUUGGGAGAAGAAAGAAGGCGACAAAUUGAACGAAGGCGAUCUCUUGGCUGAAAUCGAAACUGACAAGGCAACUAUGGGCUUCGAAACACCAGAGGAGGGCUACUUGGCCAAAAUUGUCGUACAAGCUGGUACCAAAGAUGUAGCCAUCGGUAAAUUGGUUUGCAUUAUUGUGCAAAAUCAAGAAGAUGUGGCCGCAUUCAAGGACUUUGUUGACAGUGCACCAGCAGCGGCAAAACCAGCUGCAGCAGCACCACCACCAGCAGCUGCUGCACCAGUAGCACCGCCACCACCACCACCAGCUGCAGCACCAGCACCUGUGGCCGCCGCACCUGUCGGUGGUAAGCCCAUGACAGCCGUAGAGCAACGCGGCGAACGUGUGUACGCUAGUCCAAUGGCAAAAAAACUGGCCGAAGCACAGAGUCUACGAUUGCAAGGUGCAGGCAGCGGCAUCUAUGGCUCAAUAAAAUCUAGUGAUCUUGCAGGCAUGGCAGCAGCUGCACCCGCGGUCGGCGCACACGCAGCACCGGCUGCACCCCAAGGAGGCUACAUUGAUAUACCGGUUUCAAAUGUGCGCGGCGUGAUUGCGAAACGUCUAAAGGAGUCGAAACAGCAAAUACCGCACUAUUAUGUGACCAUGGAAUGUCAAAUGGACAAUUUGCUGAAACUACGAGAGAAGGUUAAUAAGAAAUAUGAGAAACAGGGUGUACGUGUGUCGGUCAAUGAUUUUAUCAUUAAAGCCACUGCCACUGCAUGCCGCAAAGUGCCGGAAUCCAAUUCCUAUUGGAUGGAAAGCGUGAUAAGACAAUUCGACAACGUCGAUGUAUCAAUGGCCGUCUCCACUGAUACCGGCUUAAUUACGCCAAUUGUUUUCGGCGCCGACCGUAAAGGUGUAAUUGAUAUCUCAAAAGACACCAAAUCAUUAGCUGCCAAGGCCAGAGAAAAUAAAUUGAAGCCUCAGGAAUUCCAGGGCGGUACCGUUUGCGUAUCCAAUCUCGGCAUGAUGGGCGUUUCACAAUUCUGUGCCGUCAUCAAUCCGCCACAAUCCUGCAUUUUGGCAAUUGGCGCCACAACGAAAAAGUUGAUACUUGACCCCGAUAGCCUUAAAGGUUUCCGCGAAGUCAGCGUGAUGAAUGUUACUUUAAGUGCGGAUCAUAGAACAGUGGACGGCGCAGUUGCUGCCAAAUGGCUGCAAUACUUCCGUGACUUUAUAGAGGAUCCACAGACAAUGAUUCUUUAAGUUUAGCACCACUAAAAAGACCUUCAUAAAUACAUACACCCACAUUCAGUUAAGCGUAAUCCAUUAUAAUGACCAACGUAUGUAUAGGUAGAAAAAAAAAAUAGGAAUUCUGCACACGAGUGUACAACGUAACGGCCAUCAUAAUAUUUGUACAUUGGCGCUGGUGCGCUCCACACAUUUUGGUCCCACAGCAUAUAGAAAAUUUACCACCGGAGAGAGCUUUGCUGUGUGUAUGUUGAAAUAUACGCGAUUUGGUGGAUUUAAUUUUUUUGCUUUAUUUUUAAUUAUGACUUAAUUGGUAUUGAAUCAGCUCAUAUGUGAUUGUUUGUUUUAAUUUAGUUCCGGUUUACUUAAUUUUGUUUUGCUAAUUAAAUUAGAAAAACAAUUAAUAUAUACAUACAUAUGUAUACAUAUGAAUAAGAAAACACAGCAAUUUGUAAAAUAGACUUGGUGUGCCCCACAAAGUAAAGAAUGAUAUUGAAAAUAGAGCAAAAGAACUGCCGUAAAGAAGAAAAUAGAAAAUAUGCAUUGCUUGUUGUUGCAUUGAUAUCUCACACAUGUUACCAUAUACAAAUGAAAGCGCCAAAUCAGAUGUUAAAAUAUUUAAAUAUAAUAAAUCAUUUGUCAAUGAUAAGGCGACAGUACAACAUGUAUGUAUGUAAUUUAUGUACAGUUAUAUAAAAGAAAAACGCCGCGUCCACAACAGCUCACGUGCACACGCAUGAAGCGCAUGUCUAAUUGGAGCAAAGCAUUGUUACUGCAACUCAUUUAAUAAUUUAUGAAAUAUUAUUAUUAAUUUUAUUUUUUUUCUCUGUUUGAUUCAUUUGUUAUAACAACAAAUAGUCGUUAUUCGUUAUUCGCGAAUACUUGGUCCUUAAGGUA